CAUCUAGUGUCGAAUAACAAAUCAUCCAUUGUUUCAUCGACGCGCCAAAGAUCUAGACCAAUCAGAGAAAGUUCUAUUGGCCACGUGGUGAUCUCUGAUAUAUAAUAAACAAAUAGAGCGAAGAGUUUCCUGCAGGUAGACUAAGUCAGAUUCAGUGAAGCCAAGAACACAGACGUCAUCAUGGUGUUCUUAAGGCUAAAUACUCUGUUCGUAGCUGGUUGUGCCAUUUUUAUGUUACUUCAAACUGUUAAGGCAGACAGAAAAGCUAUCGACAAACAUGAGCAGAAUAAACAACAAUUAAAAGACGAGUCUAAUAUCAACAGCAGUCAUAACAUCAGUGUACAACGAAGGCAAGAUAAUGGAUUUGAUUUUAUGAGCUAUUUCAUGGGUCGUCAAGCACCACAACAAGCUAAUGCAGGCCAGCAACAACUGCAACAAGCUCAACAACCCUUAAAUGUGCAGCAACAACACCAGCUGCAGCAACAGCAGUUACAACAACAACAGUUACGACAGCAGCAACAAUUGCAGCAACUACAGCAGCAACAGCUUCUACAGCUGCAACAACAGCAACAAGCUCCUCGAUCUGCUGAUGUCAUUUACCAAGACAACGUCAUCCAGCAACAAAAUCUCCCGCAAGCUGUCUUGCAGCGUGAUGGUGGAUACGGUGGUAUUGGCCUCGGCAAUACAUACCAGUCAGGGGGAUAUGGAAGUCGCCCUAAAGAAAUCGCUAUAAAUAUUGGUGGUAAUAAGCCUCCGAAUGUUAUUUCAGUUGGUAACAUUCUUACAUUGCUCCCAAGAAUUAUGAAUGUCUUAAGCGCAGGAGGUAAAGUUAUGUUUGGAGUUGAAUUAGGCAACAAUUUCUAUUUCGGUCCAGUUGGAGCUAAGCCUAUCGGAAAACCUAUAUAUGGUUAAAAACUCCAGAGAGAAAAAUCUGUUAUUGAUACGACAGAAGAGAUUUUUAACAUAGCUGAGGGAGCUAAGCAGGAAGAGUUUAACGCAAAAUAUCAAAGUUAAAAAAUACCAUCAAAGAAUUAGUUUACUGCUUAAAUUUUCCUUGUUGAGAAACGAAUUGGAAAUUAAAUACAAGAUGAAGUGUACCAAAAAGAAAAAAGAAACGAAGUCUUUAUAAGGUAACCUUAACACAAACGACUGGAAAUAAACUUCUGUAGCAAAUUUUUAUUCGGAUUAGGUAAUUAUCCAAACUAAUUACCGAACAUUUUUAAAAAUUUCAAAGCAUGUAAUUACUGCUACAGGUGUCCCUCUUAAAGCAUAGGUUUGUUUUUAUAGGAGAACAAAAUUGCAAAAACCCUCUCAUAGUACGGCAACACGGUUUUAUACUAGCACGUUAGUGAAUAUGCGUAAGCCUUCUUAUAACACUUUAUGUAUGUACAUAUUUUGAUAGCAGGAUUUUUAUUCUAAACACUUACAGAAUUGUGUUACUCACUUUGCCAUCGUGUAUAGUACAGAAUAAUAACCUAUUUACAUAUAUACACACACAAAUAAAAUAAAUUUUGGGAAUACUCGCACUUUCCUACAUCUUUCGAAAUAGAAGACGUGUCCAUUAUGUACGCAGUACAUAUAUUCUCUUCCACACUUUCGGUUGGUAGACUGCAUAAAUUACGUAAUUGCGAUAACUGAAAAUUUUCAUAAAAAUAUGUUCGAGUAUGUGUUCCUUAUUAGGUUUGCCGUUUUCAGGAGUAAGUAUUGCGAAAGUCCCAAACUAUUCCUGAAAGUAAGAAAACAAUUUUUAAAAGAAAACUUACGAAAACGAAUAUAGAAUAUUUUGAAUACUUUGCUAAAAGAAGAAAAGACAUCCGAUGUUACAGAAAGUCUAAAUUUAAGGAGGAAACAUUGAAAACAAUUAAAAAAUAUUUUUUUUUAAAGUUUUCGAAACGCAUUCCUCUAUUUUAUAUUAGUCUCCCAUAACACAGUUUCACACAAUUCAGUAUUUUCCAGGAACGUAUCUGCAGUGUUAUAGGAGGGAUAGCUGUAUAUUGGAUUUCAUGUUACUCCUCAUAUUCUUACUACAGUCUUUUUACUUAAAUAUACAGAAAAAAUAAAUCUAGUUUUUAAACCUUUUUUCAACUAUUUUACACAUUUGUUUUAAAUUACUCUAGAUGUCUUACCUUAAUUUCGUAAUAACAUAAAUGUUUUAUUUUUGAUGAUUAGAUAAUAUUUCUUCACUAAUGGAAGGCAACUGCUAAAAAUUACAAAAUUUUAACCAUUUUUUGAUUUUAGAAUCACGUGUUAUAAGUAUUGUUUCUGAUGAAAAUUCAAUUCUGAUGUUAAUUCAGUAUGUGUUUUAAAAGUCUAAAAAAAUCAUUUUAUUAUCUUGACUUAUAAGUAUAUUUUAAUGUCAGUUAAUAACAUUGUGUGCUGACACUAGGGAAAGCAAUUACAUUCAUGAAGGAAAACUUUCAUUUAAAACAUUUUAUUGCUUCAUAGUCAAUAGUUCCUAUUUUCAUUAUCAAAAUAUAUUUUACUUCAUAACUAGGGAAUAAGGAGUUAGAGUGAUGGGUUCUUAAAACCCUUUGAGUGGAUCUCAAAAUCUAAUCCCGUAAAAAACUUGCAUAAGUAACUUCGGAUUUUAAUUCUACUUCUUAGUUCUGAUAUCAAAUGUUUCAUUUUUAUUUCUUAAUAUUCUAUCUAUUAUUUGGAAUUUUAAUUUUAUAAUUCAUCCUUCAAUUUGAAAAUCCGUAAAGUAACGGAUUAAUAUUUCAAUUCAGCUACUAAUAUUCAUUAUUUCAUUAACAGUAGGAACAGUUACAUACCAUUAAAAAUCCCUUACAGAUUCGGUGGGACUUGAAAAUAUUCAGAAUUUGAAAACCUAAAUAAUAUAAAUGCUUUAAUUUAAAAACGAAUGGACAUAUGAAUACUAUAUAUGAGCGGAAAUCGAAGAAAUAAAUGUAUGGCAUUAGGCCUGACGCUAGAAGCCAAUGUAACAAAUAUUUAUUUUCAUUGUAUAUAUCAACUAUUUGUAUUUAUGUAAAUUAUAUAUGUGAACAUAUUUUUUGUAAACUGUUGUUUAUCAAUAAAAUUAUUAAAAAAACAGA